CUUCGCCGCCACCCUAGCUCUGCCCAUAACACCUUCCCAUACACUAAUUAGUAUGAUCUUGCUGCUGCGCCAGUCCCUAUUGGCUCAGUGCUGUAUACAGGCUUCUUGCCAGUCGAAUGGAUGUGCUAUUGAGCUACGUGUUCCGUAGUGUAAACUGACUGCGCCGAACAGAAACGAAAAUAGACCAGAAUAAAACACCAGAGUAACAGCUAACCGGAAAUAAUCGCGUCUUCUAAACUGCCAUUUUGUUGGAGUCAGUCACCUUAACAAUAGGGGCUGAAUGGCGACGGCGUGCUUGCUAUGUGCGCACAGGCCUGUUGGCUCUCUAGUGCCUGCCCAGUGACAACGGUGAGAGCCCGGGACUUACAGUUCUAAGCACUGAGGCCAGAACCCGCCGCCGCCGCUGCUGAUACUGUGUGUGUGUUCCACCGGCUGGGCGUGUUACUAUGGCUGUGCUCCUGGAGACCACGUUGGGAGACAUUGUCAUAGAUCUAUAUACAGAAGAAAGACCUCGAGCUUGCUUAAAUUUCCUGAAGCUCUGCAAAAUAAAAUACUACAAUUACUGUCUUAUUCACAAUGUGCAGAGAGACUUUAUCAUACAAACUGGAGAUCCUUUGGGAACUGGUAGAGGAGGAGAGUCUAUCUUUAGUAAACUGUAUGGUGAACAGGCUCAUUAUUUUGAAUCUGAAAAAAUACCAAGAAUAAAGCACAAGAAAAUGGGAACAGUGUCAAUGGUGAAUAAUGGUAGCGAUCAGCAUGGAUCACAGUUUCUUAUUACUACAGGCGAGAAUCUGGAUUAUCUGAAUGGUGUGCACACAGUGUUUGGGGAAGUAACAGAAGGAAUGGAUGUAGUGAAGAAAAUCAAUGAGACAUUUGUGGAUAAAGAUUUUGUUCCUUAUCAAGAUAUCCGAAUAAACCAUACUGUGAUCCUGGAUGAUCCAUUUGAUGACCCAUCAGAACUGCCCAUUCCUGACCGUUCCCCAGAGCCCACUAAAGAGCAGUUAGAUAGUGGCAGGAUAGGUGCAGAUGAAGAUAUCGAUGACUAUAAAGGAAAAUCAGCUGAAGAAAUUGAAGAGCUGCUGGCUGAAAAAGAAGCCAAAACACAGUCUGUUCUUUUGGAAAUGGUAGGAGAUAUACCAGAUGCAGAUAUCAAGCCUCCUGAAAAUGUGCUAUUUGUAUGUAAACUGAAUCCUGUAACAACAGAUGAAGAUUUGGAGAUCAUCUUUUCAAGAUUUGGAGCUAUAAAGAGUUGUGAGAUAAUUCGGGACUGGAAGACUGGGGAAUCGCUAUGUUACGCUUUCAUUGAGUUUGAAAAGGAGGAAGACUGUGAAAAAGCCUAUUUUAAGAUGGAUAAUGUGCUCAUUGAUGACAGAAGAAUACAUGUAGAUUUCAGUCAGUCCGUUGCUAAAGUGAAAUGGAAAGGAAAAGGAGGAAAAUAUACAAAGGAUGAUUUCAAAGAGUAUGAGAAGGACGCAGGAAAAUAUUCCAAGCUUGCUCUGAAAGACAAAGCUAAACCGAAACAAGAUGGCAAAUAUGAGCUGGUGUUGGACGAUAACAUGGAGGAGACUGGCAGCAGUCAGACCGUUCCUGUUAAAUACAAAGAAAAGAAACGUUACUACUCCGAUGAUGAAGAUGACCGGAGAAUGAAAAAGUCAAAGGAGCCUGAGAAGGAUGCCCGCCAUCGGAGACAUGAGGAAGAUUACUGUAGAGAGAAGAGAAGGAAUGAUAAGAAGGAAUCCAGGAGACGCAGUCAUUCUCGAGAACGUAGCAACUAUCAUAGCUCAAAAGACAAGUUCAGAGAAGAAAAAAGGGAAAGAGACAGAGACAAAAAGAGAGAGAGAAGCCCAAAGCAGUAUAAAGAGAGGUCUAAACACAGGGAAAGAGAUUGAAGACAGACAAUUCAAUGAGCUUAUCAAGGAUUGUUUAUUAAAGUUAUAAAGUUUGCUCUUAUAACAACAAUAAAUAUUUCCUUAAUUUUG